AUGGCGGCGGGAGCGGUGAACGUGAGUCUCAUCGUCCUCCUUCUUGCUGUCGUCCAUGCGGGAGAUGUGGCCCGGUCGCAGGCACGGAUAAAGGAGGCGACGAAACCAGAAGUCUUGGCUGACAUCAAGGCUAGCUCCAACAUUAUCAAGCUCAGCAACGGGCUGACGAUUGAGAUUCUGAUGCCUGGGAAAGGGGAGGAGGCUGAGGCGGGGGACAGGGUCAGGGUUGAGUAUUCGCAGUACAUGGAGUCGUGCGACGCGAGCGAGCCGACCUGCAAGCUCAUGCUGAACCAGAAGGUGAACUCAGGCACGUUGGACACGAAGCUGGGUAGCGGGAAGCUGCAGCCGGGGCUCGAGCAAGGGAUCGUCGGCAUGAAAGUAGGGGAGAAGAGAACUAUCCACGUCCCCCCCGAGCUCGCGUUCGGCGACAAUCCUCACCCCCCGUUCCCUGCCCACUCGGGCUUCAAGUAUCAGCUGCAGCUGCUCAGUGUCUGCGGCCCCAACGAUCCCUUCAUGAAGUCCCUCCUCUGUUCGCUGGGUUUCGUGUAA